AAUCCUGUGUCGAUCAUCAGGAGAUAUAUACCCGAAGUCUGCGGUGUUGCAUCCUGUCAGAUUGUCAUCCGUAUUGGAGGAAGAGAAGGAGUUCUUAACUUAGAGUACCGUAUGCUCUUUGUUCCCUGACUGUGUGCAGCUGCCCUCCAAAGUUUGGUGUACCAGUGGAGACAAUCCCAUAUCGAAUCUGUUGUUCAAUAAGCACAGCUGUCCAGAUAAUCUUUGAAAGCAUUUCUCAUCGUGCUCCCUCAUCACGAUCCAAGACCGAUACCUGGGCCGUCGCACAAGCUCCUUGUAUCCACGGCGCCUCCCGGGUAUCGACAUACAUGUUAUACUGGUACACACCGUCCCAGACUCCAACAACCCACCACAAUGCCGAGCGGCGUCGCCCGCCGCUUCCUCUUCCUCGUUGUCUUCGUUGUCUUCUUCCUCGCCAUCCUCCUCUUCACCUCACAACAUCCACGAGCCGAACAACUACGGGAACCGUUGAAAAUCCGACCGGCAAAGGAUGGGGAACAUGGAUCGCCAGGUGGCAGCGCGGAUAGAGGCCUGCUGACGGGACAUGCAAUCGCACCGAAAUUGGGGAACGAGACGGUGAAGGCCGAGCUGGGGCGCGCGGCAUGGCGCGUUCUGCACACGACGUUUGCGAGGUUUCCGGAGAAGCCGACGAAAGAGGAGAGUCAGGCGUUGAAGACGUAUAUCCAUUUGUUUCAACGGGUAUAUCCAUGCGGCGACUGUGCCGAACAUUUCGGCAAACUCCUCCAGAAAUUCCCCCCGCAAGUCUCCUCCCGCAACGCCGUCGCUGGCUGGGGUUGCCACAUCCACAAUCAGGUAAACGAUCGAUUACAAAAGCCGAUGUUCGACUGCAACAAUAUCGGCGACUUCUACGAUUGCGGCUGCGCGGAGGACGAGAAGAAGAGCGGGGAACAGGCGAAGACGGAGAUGAGUGCCGAGCGGAGGGAGAAGAUCACGGGUGAGAGUGGACGGGAGCUUGACGCGGAUCGAUUUGUGAAGGCGGCUAUUGACGGGCAAGUUUGACCUUGAUUUGGUGGAGUACGCAUUAUAUUGAAGCGGUGUUGAAGAUUGAGAGUUCCGACGGUUUAGUCUCCUACAUGGUGGGCGAUGAGGGCGGUCUUCAGGUCGAUGUUCGACAAGACGUAAGAAUCAGUCGUGCCUCGACAUCCAUAGGAGCAACAUGGAAGAUCAAAGUGUUGAAGGAUGUUACCCGGCACGUCGCUUCGUCAGCUACCUUAGUGCAUAGCGAAUGGCGUCUACGGCGGGGACAGGGCUAGAUGGUUUCCCCUGUUGUAAAUAUAUGUAUUUUCAUGUCAUUGUACCCAAUGUUAUUGUACCUGUAUUGAUGGUCAAAAGAGCAU